CAGGGCGGGCGGGCGAGCGUGGCUGGAGGGAGAAGCCAUGGCCGGGUCUCCUUGCUCGUCGGGGGAAGAGGGCGAAGAGGGGUGUUGGCGGGGGGCGCCCUUGGUGGCGCUGAACUACUCUCUGCGGCGGCGCCUGUCCUUGCUGCUGAACCCGGGCGCGGCGGUGGCGGCGGACUGGGCCUCGCUGGCCGAGGAGCUGGGCUACGAGUUCCUCGAGAUCCGCGCCUUCGAGGCCCGCCCGGACCCCACGGCACAGCUCCUCCAGGACUGGGAGAGGAGGGCCAGCCCCACUGCCGCCACCGCCGGAACACUCCUCGACGCCCUCCGACGACUCCACAGGCACGACGUCCUCGCAGACCUCGCGCCCGGCAUCGAGGAGGACUGCAAGAAAUACCUGAAGAGGAAGCGAGAGGAGCAGACAGAGCGGCCGGUUCAGGUCCCGGCGGUGGACAGCAGCUUCCCACGGACAUCCGAAAUGCGGGGCAUCACCACCCAGGAUGACCCCACGGGGCAAUUCCCAGAGAAGUUUGAUGCCUUCAUCUGCUACUGCCAGAGUGACCUCCCCUUCGUUCAAGAAAUGAUCCAAGAGCUGGAGCAGACCGACCACAGGGUGAAGCUCUGUGUCUUUGACCGAGAUGUCCUCCCAGGAACCUGCGUGUGGUCCAUCACGAGUGAACUGAUAGAGAGGCGCUGCCGGAGAAUGGUGGUAGUCAUCUCAGAUGAUUACCUGGAUAGUGAAGAAUGUGAUUUCCAAACCAAGUUUGCUCUCAGCCUCUCACCAGGGGCUCGCCUCAAGCGCCUCAUCCCGGUGAAGUGCAAGACCAUGAAGAAGGAGUUCCCAAGCAUCUUGAGGUUCAUCACCGUUUGCGACUACACCAACCCUGCCAAAAAAAUGGUUCUGGAUGCGGCUGGCCAAGUCCCUCUUGCUGCCCUGAGGCCAAGCGUCGAGACUGGGCAUCUCUUGCUUUGGCUGGACUAUGUUUUCAAGAAGGAGGAUCAGCCGAUCUCUCUUCACCUUCACCCCAAGCAACGGUUGAAACAACAUUCUGCUUCAAAACGGGGCCAGUUUUAAAAAUGUGGGUGGUGUUAAGGGUGAAAGGUAAAGACAGGUUCAUCUGCUCAAGAGGUAUUACUAUUUGCCAGGUACCCAUUCCUGCAUUUUACCUCCUCACCACCCUGCCUAACAGGAGAACCAAGAAAAACCGGACCAAGGGGGAGAAAGUUUUCAAUAGCAUUGGUGUACAAACUGCUGGUAAUCUUUAACAAGCUGUUGAUCAUUUUCUGUGCUGUUACAAUGUGGGGUCAAAAAGCUUUCUUUAUCCACAAGAUAACAACAAUCCUGUUUCUAAUACAGGUGAGUUCUAUGUGCCUUAAAACAGG